AAUCACAUCCCCACCCACCUAAUCCAAAUAGCCGCCACAACAGUUAAACAACACGUUUCCAUUGCGACAUUUCAAUCCCUUUCACUUCUUCCCUAUUGAGCUUUUGGCCAAUUCAUUCCAAAUUCACGUUCAUUGCUUCAAUAGGCUCGCAAAAUCUGGGUCUGCUUCAAUUUCACAACUUUCCAAUACCCAGAACCAGAAUUUGCUUAGUCAGGACUGGUCUUUGAGCUAUUAUCUGAUCCGAGAUCACAAAUUUCCAAUCCCAGCGUGGUUUUGAGCCAAAAAUCUUGUUGGGUUUGCUUCAGGAAGCCCAAUUGCUGUGGGAAGAAGCAUGGUCUCUCUGUCGAAUUCAGUGUUGUUUCCUGUGACUACAUCCAAUGGCAUUUCUCGGCCGGCUAGGUUUCCAAAGACGAUCAAUUUGUGUAGUUAUAAGCAGAAGAGAGAGCCCAGAAACAUUGUUUGUGCUUGUAUGGCGCCUCCCCAGAACUAUGAAUCCUAUGCAGCAAAAUUCGAGCAGGAUUCAUUGAAAUCAGAGGAUUUAUCUACAGUAAGAGAACCCGAGGAUGACUCUGAUGUUCUGAUUGAGUGCAGAGACGUCCAUAAGUCAUUUGGUGAGAAGGAUAUAUUGAGAGGUGUGAGCUUCAAGAUUAGACAUGGUGAAGCAGUUGGAAUAAUUGGUCCUUCUGGCACCGGGAAAUCUACAGUUUUAAAGAUUAUGGCAGGUCUUCUUGCGCCUGACAAGGGAGAGGUAUACAUUCGAGGUCGAAAGAGGGAUGGUUUGAUCAGCGAUGAGGAGUUAUCUGGUCUUCGAAUUGGAUUGGUGUUUCAGAGUGCUGCACUUUUUGAUUCGUUGACUGUUCGUGAAAAUGUUGGUUUCCUUCUGUAUGAAAAUUCAAGCAUGCCCGAGGAUCAAAUUUCAAAGCUUGUGACUGAUAGCUUGGCUGCUGUUGGGUUAAAGGGAGUUGAGGAUCGAUUACCAUCGGAGCUGUCUGGUGGAAUGAAGAAAAGAGUUGCAUUGGCUCGAUCUAUAAUUUGUGAUACCACAAAGGAAGCCAUAGAGCCAGAGGUGCUCUUAUAUGAUGAACCAACAGCUGGACUUGAUCCGAUUGCAUCUACUGUUGUAGAAGACCUCAUCCGCUCUGUCCAUACAGAAGAGCAGGCAGCGUCAGAGAAGUCUGGGCAGAUUGCAUCUUACGUUGUUGUAACUCACCAACAUAGCACCAUCAGACGAGCUGUUGACAGGUUAUUGUUUCUGUAUGAGGGCAAGAUAGUCUGGCAAGGAAUGACUGAUGAAUUCACAACCUCAACAAAUCCAAUCGUUCAACAGUUUGCAUCUGGGAGCUUGGAUGGCCCAAUUAAAUAUUAGACCUUGAUGUUCUAUGGUAUGGUUGGUGGUAUACAUUAAACAACACAUGAUGAUUUGCUUGCUGCGUGCCAGUGAAGAGGACAUGAAUACAUGCUAGAAUUGGGUCAGCUGGUGCCUGCACAUUCAGGCUCUCUCUGCCUCGUGUCUUAUAUAUUCCAGCAUGGCGGUGCAUCAGAGCUGCUAUAUAUAUACAAGUUUUAAUCACUAUCAAAAAUCGUGCUCAUGCAUCCUUAGUUGCAUCCUCUGAGUUUUUAGAGAGCCAUCAUCUUCUAAAUUAGAUGAGAGUUGAGGUCACAAUUAACUUCUUUUUACUACUACUAAAUUAAGUGUUUCUAGUUUUAGUGAUUUUUGAGAUUGGUCACCUCCCUUGAGAGUUUAGCCCCAUUGUUAAAGAAUGCAAUCAGAACAAUAUUGCUCAAUCAUGUGUUUAUGUGAGAAAUUAAUUCUUCAUUCCUUCUAGCAUAACUGAAACAUUUGACAACCAUUGAAAUGCAAUUUGCUUGUUCAGAGUUCUUUCA